AUGAACUACUCAACAGAGCUGUCUCCUUCAGAGGAAACGGCCUCUGAGGAGUUUGACGGCGGGACAGCAGUGGCUUGUGUGAUCCUGGGCCUGUCCUUCCUGGUGGGAGCUCCGGGGAACCUGCUGGUGAUCUGGACUAUCCUGAGACACGUCAAGCAGCGUUCCCACACUGUGGUGCUCAUCCUGCACCUGGCUGUUGCAGACCUGCUGGUCCUCAUCACCCUGCCUAUAUGGAUCUACUCCCUGGUACACACCUGGGUGCUUGGAGAAGCCCUUUGCAAGGCUUUGGUGUACAUUGUCAGUGUGUGCAUGUUCAGCAGCAUUUUCUUCAUCACCCUUAUGAGCGCGGAGCGCUAUUUAGCAAUCUGUCAUCCAUUUGUGAUGAUGCGCUGGAAGACUAAGAGUGCUAUGAACAGAUGUCUGGUACUUUUGUGGCUCCUUGCUUUGCUUCUGGGAGGGCCUUCUGUGGUGACCCAGACUUUGGAUGAAAGUGAUGGAACUGAGCAGUGUUUUAUUCAUGAAGUCACCUCUGUGACCCAAGCAAUCAUCUUGUUAUGUCUGGAGACCUUGUGGGGCUUUGUAAUUCCCUUUAUCAUUCUCAGUAUAUGUUACUCUCUAGUAGCUGCCCAGCUCAGGAAAAUGAGUUUCAACUCAAAGCCUAAAUCCAUGGUUCUUGUUCACGCUGUGGUGAUAGCUUUCACACUGUGCUGGUUGCCGUACCAUAUCAUCAACAUUAUUGAUCUGGUUUGCAUUCUAGGAUCAGGCACCGAACGUGAAUGUGUGCCGGAGAGUGUUGUCUUCAGCUCUGGUGCUCUUGUUUUCAUCAGCAGUUCAGUGAAUCCUGUAUUAUACGCCCUCUUCGCAAGGAACUUGCAAGGGAGUUUAGAGCAGUCCCGACUGGUCAGGCUGUUCCAGGAAAUGGCCACGCACACCAACAAACUCAGGGAUCCGGUAGUACAACAGCAGACUGGACAGAGGGCAGCAAAUACACAGAUAGAGCUGAUGUCUGAUUGUGAAAAAAAAACCUGUGAUGACGGGGAAAUGUGACAUUUGUCUUCUGUGGUUAAUUAAGGGACUGUACUUUAUUAUGAAGACCUAUAUAUAUGAUCUAAGGCUUUGAAAGCCUGUAUAUGUACAAUAGUGCUGACAGUGGUAAUGUGUUGUGAUUC